AUGCCAAUACCAGCUGUAGGAAUCGACCUUGGAACAACAUACUCAUGCGUGGGCGUCUUCCAAAAUGGUAAGGUGGAAAUCAUCGCCAACGACCAGGGUAACCGGAUCACGCCAUCUUAUGUUGCGUUCACGGAGACUGAGAGAUUGAUUGGUGAUGCAGCAAAGAAUCAGAUGGUUAUAAACCCAAAAAAUACAGUUUUCGAUGCAAAACGAAUGAUUGGAAGAAAAUUUGAUGAUCCAAAAAUUCAACAAGAUAUUAAACAUUGGCCAUUUAGUAUAGUCUCAGAAAAAGGUAAACCAAUGAUCGUUGUCGAAUACAAAGGACAAACAAAGAAAUUUUCACCGGAAGAAAUUUCCUCAAUGGUAUUAACAAAAAUGAAGCAAAUCGCAGAAACGUACCUGGGAGGUACUGUACAAGACGCUGUAAUAACAGUGCCAGCAUACUUUAACGAUUCUCAAAGACAAGCAACAAAAGAUGCUGGGACGAUUGCUUCGUUAAACGUCCUUAGGAUAAUCAAUGAGCCAACAGCGGCGGCCCUCGCUUACGGCUUAGAUAAAGAUUUGAAAGGUGAAAAAAACGUAUUAAUUUUUGAUCUUGGUGGUGGCACGUUUGAUGUUUCAAUACUUCAAAUAGCUGAAGGAUCGUUGUUUGAAGUGAGAUCAACUGCAGGCGACACUCACUUAGGAGGCGAAGAUUUUGACUGCCGAAUGGUGGAUCAUUUCAGUCAAGAAUUCGAGAAAAAAUAUAAGAAAAAUCUUAAAGAGAAUCCAAAAGCAAUCAGAAGGCUCAGAACAGCAUGCGAAAGAGCUAAAAGGACACUUUCUUCUAGUACUGAAGCUAGCAUAGAAAUAGACGCAUUACAUGAAGGCAUCGAUUUCUAUUCUAAGAUAUCUAGAGCUAGGUUUGAAGAAUUGUGUUCCGAUUUGUUCCGCCAAACAUUGGGACCAGUCGAGAGGGCGCUUAAAGACGCUGGACUCAAUACAAGAGAAAUUCAAGAUGUAAUUAUGGUUGGUGGUUCUACUAGAAUUCCGAAAAUCCAAAAGCUUUUACAGGACUUCUUCAGUGGGAAGACCCUAAACCUUUCCAUUAACCCUGAUGAAGCAGUAGCAUAUGGUGCUGCAGUUCAAGCGGCUAUUAUUUCUGGAGUUCAAGAUACUCGAAUACAAGACGUGCUGUUGGUGGAUGUGGCACCGUUGUCGUUAGGCAUAGAGACAGCCGGUGGUAUUAUGACAAAGAUCGUUGAAAGAAACACACGUAUACCUAUUGCACAGAAAAAAAUAUUUACCACGUAUGCUGAUAAUCAACCUGCUGUAACAAUUCAAAUAUACGAAGGCGAAAGGGUGAUGACAAGAGAUAAUAAUUUACUCGGAACAUUUAAUCUUUCGGGUAUACCACCUGCUCCUAGGGGAAUACCACAAAUCGAAGUAACAUUUGACAUUGACGCAAACGGAAUUCUAAACGUAAGCGCCGAAGAUAAGAGUACUGGUCGAUCGGAACACAUCACUAUAUCAAAUGAUAAAGGGCGUCUUAGCAAGAAAGAUAUUGAGAAGAUGCUGCAAGAUGCCGAGAGGUUUAAGUCAGAAGAUGAGGCAGCGGCAGAAAACUCGGGCAACAAAUUGACGGACAGCGAACGCAACGGAGUUGUAACAGAAUGUAACAAUCAACUGCGUUGGCUAGAAAAUAACCCAGCUGCCUCCGCAGCGGAACUGGAAGAACAUUUGAAAGCGGCGCAGGCAGCGUGCCAACCCGCCAUGUUGAAAUUACACGGAAACGAUGCGCGCAGAGCAAGUAAUACUAGUGGUCCUAGAAUUGAGGAAAUCGAAUAA